UUCCGCGUUCACGCGACUUUAGCUUGGAGCGCGCAAGGAACGUGCACGCAGCAGUAGAUAGGCGCCGCUGAUAGUAGUGUUAAAGUAAUGCAUGUUGCAUUUAUAAAUACAUAAUGGUGUUGGAAGGCACGUGUUGCUGAAUAUGGAUAUGUUCAGAGAGGAGCAGGAGUUCACGGAUAUCCGUACGGUCCAAAGGGUUAUGGAUAUGUUUGAGGGACGUUCCCAGAUGCAGAGGAUGAUUAAUCUUCGCCUUAUUGGAAUGGAAUACGAUGCGUUAGAUGACACAGACGAGGAUGAUUAUGCUUUUACCAAUUUUGGGCAUGCUUAUAACCAUUUCCAUGGAUACACAAGGGAUGCUGACAUGAGUGACAAUAAGGAAUUAAGUCGGAACCGUACAAGGUCGAAGGAAUCCGUUUAUCAGCCCACACUGCAAUAUUGGGCAGCUCGAGACUUUAUUCGCCCGGCCCCUAUAGAAGUUCAGUUAAAGGAGAGUAAUACUGAAAGAAGAGCAUGUUUUUUGCAAGAAACCAAAAAAAGGAAAGAAAAGGCUCAGAAGAAGCGGCUUAAGAAACAAAAACAGAAGGAAAGACGACGCCUCGAGAAGAUAGAAAAGGAAAAAAUCAACCCUGAUAAGAUGGAAGAGGAAAAGGUUGAUGCAAAGCAGAGUAAAGCUGAGGAAAGUACGUCAGUUGAUGAAAAAACCAAAGAUGGUAUGAAUGCCAGCGUUAAGGAAUUUGCUUCAGUUGAACAUACAGACAGCAGUGACAGUAGUGAAGAUGAAUCAGAUCAUGAAGAUAGCGACACCAAGAAUGACUCUGGUGACUCUGAGGAUCUAGAUAUGACAAGUACUUUUGUUAAAUUAGCCAAGCUUAAAUUGGAGCAAAAGCCCAAGCCUGAGAAAAAGGAGAAAAAGAAAGUUCUUGUUAAAGAAGAACGUAAAUCUAUCCCUGAAAAAUCUAAUGAAGUCCCAGAGGCUGUAAAGAAGGAUUCUGCCACUUCUAGAAGUCCCACCAUUGAAGAAAAUAUAAAAAUGAGUACAGAGCUUGCAAUUAUAGGGAAUACAUUUGCAGGUUCUGGAGACUAUCCUAUGGCUGUCAAGUAUUUCACUGAUGCUAUUAAAUUCAACCCCACAGAGUUUAAGUUGUUUGGCAAUCGUUCCUUCUGUUUUGAAAAGAUGCAAGAACAUGAGAAGGCGCUGACCGAUGCAGAGUUGUGUCUCAGGCUGUGUCCAGGCUGGGUUAAAGGCCUGUUUAGAAAGGGCAGAGCUCUUGCUGGACUAAAGAGGUAUGAGGAGGCGGCUCAGGCCUUUAGGGAAGUUCUCCAACUGGACAGUGCGUGUGGAGAAGCUGCCCAGGAGCUGAUGCGGGUGCAGAUAACCCAACUAAUGGAGUAUGGUUUCACUCGGGAGCAGAGCUCCAAUGCUUUAAUUAUUCAUGGGACUGUGAAAAAGGCACUAGAAGUUCUGACUAAAAUAAACCCUCAACCAGGAGCUUCUCCAAAUGCCACUUUGCUGCCUGUUCAGGUAGCAAAUGUCACCGGAGUCUCUCCAGUCCUUUCAGCCAGUACAAGCCCUUCACCUGCUCGACCCAAAGAUGCACAACCUAACAACCCGUUGGGCCCAGUCAAACACAUGUCAAAUGUCCAUAGUCAACAUAAAUCCAUUCAGAAUCAUGCCACAAGUCAAGUUAAUAAGACACCCCCAGAGCUUUUUCCAGUUUGGAUUGGAAACCUGACUUAUCCAGUGCCUGAAUCUGUGAUAGGCAACCUUUUCAACAAGGUUGGGUUUGUUUACAGUGUGAAAGUCCUGACCGUCAGACGAUGUGCCUUUGUAAACUACACAAAACAAGAGCAUUGUGAGGAAGCUAUUCGGCGCUUUCAUGGUUUUGAGCUGAAUGGUAUGAAGAUUGCUGUGAGAUACCCAGACAGGAUUCCUCAUGGCAUGGGAAUGUCAAAGACUGCCCUCAAAGCUGAUGACCAGCACGACGAGAAUAUGAGACAACAGGAGUACGGUGAUGAACGAAAUGCAUUUGGAGGCCGAAGACCCCUACGCUCUUACAGACACGUGCCUGACCACAAAAACUAAGGCGAGAUGCCUUAAGCUGCUCCAGGUCUGACUGUCCUCAGCAAAAGCAGAAUCAUUCAGACGCUCCAGUACGGACUAACUAAUGGUAUCUACAAGCACCUAAAGCAUCUUUUCAGUCGAUUACAACAAAAAAAAUUAAAUGCAACCUUUUAAUAGGUUAAACUGUCUCCUGAUAAUCUAAAUAAACUAAAUAUUAACACAGUUUUGAUGCCAAUAAACCUGAUGGUUUGCUUAGGAUUUUUGUUAACGUUGGUAUUUUUGUGUUCACAACACUGCCGUAAAACCUGAGUAGCAUUUACUGUUGCUGUAGAAGAUGGUGGAGCAGUGUUUUCUUGCUCUACAUUAGACACUGCCACAUUUUUUAAAAAAAUGUUUAAUUAUAUUAUCACUUCAUCCUGAAGUCCAGAAUUACAUUAGCUUUGAAUUGACAGUGUUUAUUACGUGGCACUUGUAGAGUGGUACUUUAAAGGUUGAUGCAUACAGUGAUAUGCAAGAGUUAUUUCUGCUUUACUUAAGUGACUCAAUAUAAAUCUAUAUUCAGAAUUAUCUUAAUUAUUCAUUAUACUACAAAUGCAAAUUCCCUUCAUCCUGUACAGUGCUCUAUAACCAAACAGGAAUUUUGACUCCUAAUAACUACUUUAUUACUGUUAAACUGCCGAUGCUUCAUUAUACGAUUACCAGGUGGCAUGUAUUGUUUUAUACAUAUAAUGUACCCUCCUUAAUGAGGGCUGUGUUCUUAAUUCAAGAAUUAAAGAUGAUUUCAUAUUCUCAA